CAGCAGAUUUGCUAUGUACGAAUCUCUGUGUCAGAUUCCGGCAAAAAAACCUGCUAAAAUCGACAACGAAUCCAAUUAAUUUACUGAUUUGCCCAUGCCUAUAUUUAAAGCCGAGGAAUGGUAAAUAGAAACGAACAGACAACUCAACAUUGUAAUUGCUUCCCUACUUUGGCAAAACCGGCGCCUUGGGGUUUUAUAUUACGACGACGUCUCUAUCAUUCUUUAGUUUUCCAGUGAAAAUGAUAGCAAUCUCUCUACAUAUAUAUAUAGUCACUAUUUUGUAUUCACCUGUAAUUCUUAAUUCUCGAGGAUCACGGUUUUGCUUUGAUCUAUACAAAUACAAACACACACAUAUAUAUAUACUCAUGUAUAUAUGUAUUUGUAUGUAUCUUCUUCAGAAAAAAAAAACCAUGAAUCUACAGUUCCUUCGAAACAACUCUUCGCUUUGGAAUAUCUGCAUUUGAAUAUCUUGUGAAAUCCUUUCUCAGGGUAGCAUUGCGUUCUCAAAUUAUGGCCAGCGGCUCCAUACACAAAUUCCUUACAAAGAGUCGAAUUGUAACAGCUGAUUCUGAUUCUGGAUCUGUGAACAAUUUGAAGGAGUUCUACAUUCCUGAUUACAUACUAGUACAUGAAGCAGAGGUCGAAGAAUCCUCCGAUAUACCCUCUUGUCCUGUGAUAGUAUUCAUCAAUUCCAGAAGUGGAGGCCAGCUGGGAGGAGAACUUCUUGUAACUUAUCGUUCUCUUCUUAAUAAAAAUCAGGUUUUUGAUUUGGGCGAAAAGGCUCCUGACAAGGUGCUACACCAGCUUUAUUACAAUUUAGAAAAGCACAAGCAGAUAGGGGAUAGCCUGGCCUCUGAAAUUGAGAAAAGAUUGAGAAUAAUUGUUGCAGGUGGGGAUGGUACAGCUGGCUGGCUCCUUGGAGUAGUUUGCGAUCUCAAACUACCUCGGCCGCCACCAAUUGCUACAGUGCCAUUGGGAACUGGAAAUAACCUACCGUUUUCAUUUGGCUGGGGUAAGAGAAAUCCUGGUACAGACCGUCAAACUGUAGCUGCAUUCUUGGAUCAAGUGCGGAAUGGAAAAGAAAUGAAAAUUGAUAGCUGGCAUAUUAUUAUGCGAAUGAGAGCUCCCAAAGAAGGUUCGUGUGAUCCUAUUGGGCCUCUUGAACUACCACAUUCUUUGCAUGCAUUUCACCGUGUGUCCCCAACAGACACAUCGAACAGGGAGGGUUGCCACACAUUUCGUGGAGGAUUUUGGAACUACUUCAGCAUGGGAAUGGAUGCCCAAGUAUCAUAUGCAUUUCAUGCUGAGAGGAAGUUGCAUCCAGAAAAAUUCAAAAAUCAGUUAGUUAAUCAGAGUUCUUAUGCAAGGCUUGGGUGUACUCAAGGAUGGUUUUUUGCUUCUCUUUGUCAUCCAUCUUCACGGAAUAUUGCACAACUGGCAAAGGUUAGGAUCAUGAAAAGACUGGGUGAGUGGGAAGACCUCCAAGUCCCUCGCAGUAUCAGGUCUAUUGUUUGCCUCAACUUGCCCAGUUUUUCUGGCGGAUUCAAUCCUUGGGGAACACCAAAUAGGAAGAAACAGAUAUAUAGGGACUUCACUCCUCCAUAUGUUGAUGAUGGCCUUAUUGAGAUCGUAGGUUUUAGAGAUGCUUGGCAUGGGCUUAUUUUGCUUGCUCCAAAUGGGCAUGGUACUCGUCUUGCACAGGCAAACAGAAUUCGAUUCGAGUUUCACAAGGGUGCUGCUGACCACACGUUCAUGAGGAUUGAUGGGGAGCCAUGGAAACAACCUCUCCCUGUAGAUGAUGAUGCUGUUGUUGUUGAAAUCUCUCACCUCCAACAAGUGACAAUGCUUGCCAACGAAAAUUGCAUAUCCAAAAGUAUCCUUGACCCUUCUUCUGACGUGGAUGAGGAUGACUAUGACAGUCAUGAAGAAGAAGUUGCAGAAAUUUCCGAGGCGAGGAGAAAGUUUGGCGCGGCUGACACUUUCCGGUUAAGCAAUGAAAUUGACAUAACUCAUCUUAGUUAGCUAUCCCAGAUUUUGCUAUAUGGCUUGUAUAGUCUCUGAGUCUCAGAUUGUCCAUAAUGACAGAAAGUACUCCAGUAUCAAUUAGCAGUUUGGACGGAGCAGUCAGCUGCAGUGAGUUGUCGAUUAUAAUUUGCAUUCACAAAGUUAAAUCUUGCUUGCUCCUGAACUUUGCACCAAGCUCAUCCACAGCAAUCCAUCUCAGCUAUUUUACCUUUGGCUCAUAAAUUUCCUUUGUUCAUUUACCAUCACGUUUUAGCACAUCUGAGUUGACUGUUGUAAUUGUGAUGCAAGUUCAGUUUUUCAAUGGCCCAAGACAUGUUCACUCCUUUAGAUAAGUUUUCUUUAACUCAUGUAAGGGAUCAAAAAAUUGUUGUGAUGAUACAUAUAUGUAUCUCUCUGUGUGUAUAUAUAUAUAUAUAUGCUAACAUCUCAAUCAAUAUCAGUCAGUAUCA